UUAUUAUUAUAAUCAAGGGGAAACGCUAAACCCGUAGGAUUAUACAGCGCCUGGGGGGGAAUGGGAAGGCAUUCAGGCUUAAUUCGGGGAACUGGAGCACAGAUCCAAUUCCCUAAAUCAAGAGCCCCUCACCAACAUCAAGAAACCUUCCCUGAGGGGAAUCAAUCCUCCAGCCUUGCAGAAUAACACACUGAGGACUGUAGCUUGUAGAUGAGGUAAUCUGUCCCUCUACCUUGGACAUGUAUAUUGUACCUCCCCCUGAAUGAAUCUAAAAAUAUCGAAUACCCAGAUGUUACACAUGUGUCAAAUUCGUCAACUUGUCGGCAUUAUACCUUUGGUGUAAUAAACUUAAUGUAAGUUCAUUAAAAUUAGUGUUUACGUUUACAUGUGUGUUAUAGCUAUCAUCUCUUGAGAUCCAGAGACAGAAGGUACUCACGAAUAUCUAGGACUGGACAGUAAUGUACAUCAAAGGGGAAUAUUGUUUAACAUGUAAUGACUUCUUUUUCAUAUAAAUGGUUGAGAACUAUUGCGUUUUCAAUUUUAUAGUUUGAUCUAAAUUUAUGUGAGUUUUUAUAAGCAUAUAUUUACCAUUUUGUUUUGUUGUAAUGUGCUCCAAAAAAGUUUUCCUGAAAUUUCUUCUGGUCUUGUAUGUUGUCCAGAGUGGCAUAAUGUCAGAACCUUCUGAGGCAUAAGUGCAUUCAUCCUGCACAAGUUCUAAAGGAUCAGAUAAUGGCAAAAUAACCUGGUUGUCUGGAUAAAAAUAAUUAUCAAUUUAAUGUUGCAAGAUAGUGCAGAACUACUAUGAUGGAGCUAAGUCAUAGUCUGACCCUCAAUGAGGAGGCACUCCAACAACUGCCACCUGCAAAACGGCCAAUUUUCAUAUUUGAAUGGCUUCGAUUCUUGGACAAAGUGCUUGAAGCUGCAAACAAGUCAGACAUCAAAGGAUGUCAGAAACAGUUGGUAGCUCAGCUGGUGGGGCAGAUGAAUGAGUCUCCUGGACCACCAACACGGAAAUUAGUGGCACGGUGCUUAGCAACUCUCUUUAGUGUUGGGGACACUUUCCUUCUGUUUGAUACUAUCAACAAAUGCAAUGAUGUGCUCAAGAACAAAGAUGACUCCCCAAGCUACCUGCCGACAAGACUUGCUGCAGUUACAUGUAUUGGAGCAAUGUAUGAAAAACUUGGACGCAUGAUGGGACGCUCUUACGAAGAGACUGUGCAGAUCUUAAUCAAGGCUUUACGGAAUGCAGAAUCUCAGCUGAGAAUUGAAAUAAUGAUGACCCUGGAGAAGAUAACUGCUGGCAUGGGGUCAGCUGCAGGAAAUGUACACAAGGAUAUAUAUAAGGCGGCCAAGAUGGGGCUUACAGAUCGUGCUUUGCCUGUGAGAUGUGCAUCUGCGCUUUGUCUGAUGGAAAUGACGAAACACGCUCCUUUCCUCUACACUACUGAAAUUGAGAAUCUGUCUCAGCUAUGUUAUCGCUCCUUUGAUAAUAGCAACUAUGAUGUGCGCUGCACAGUAGCUAAACUACUAGGAACUGUGCUUGCCACCACACAGAAUCCUCCAAAGGAAUUUGCCAAAGGGAGUAGUAAAGGAGGAGUGGUUAAACUAUUGUCACUGGAAGAGACAUUAACGGUGCUCUUGACAGGAUUUUUACGUGGGGGAAGCAGUUUUCUUAAAGGUACUGGUGAAAUGAUCAAAGGUUCUUCAUCAGUGUCACGUGAAGUCAGAGUUGGCAUCACCCAGGCCUAUGUGGUACUUGUUCAAGAAUUGGGAGCAUUAUGGCUGGAGCGAAAUAUUUCAACCCUCUUGGCCCAUCUCACUGAGCUCGUCGCCAGCCCUAAAGCCACCACAUCCCAUGUCGAUGCAGUAUAUUCACGCAAAUGUGUUAAUUUUAUCCUAAGGGCUACUCUAGGACGCAUGAUUGGAGAGAAGACACAAACUGCUGCCUGCAAAGAAAUUACACAGCUAAUUAUUAAGCACAUGAAUAGUGUGGAUGUGAGUGGAGAGGGUACCAAAGAUGGAGGCGAAGGUGGUCAGCAUGUGUUGGUGUGUCUACUACAAGAACUGGGAUGCCUGUUACAGUCCCUCAGCACUACAUGUGCUUCUGUAAUUCUUGACACACAACUUAAUUUAGUGGAUGCAGUAGUUGCUGUUUUGCUUCAUCCAAGUAGUGCAGUAAGGUUGAGUGCAGCAUGGUGUCUCCGGUGUAUCUGUCUUGCCCUACCCUCUCAGCUACACCCCCUCAUCACUCGCUGCUGUGAUCGUCUUGAUGCCCUCAAGUCAUCACCAGAAGCCAUUGCUGGAUAUAGCUGUGUUGUGUCAGCAUUAGUUGGAUGUGUGCAGAAAACCCCACUGGGAAUACCACACAUGCGAGGCAAAGUUCUCUUUAAUAUUGCUGAAGAGCUACUUCGAUCGGCCAGUCAAAAUUCUCGUUUGUCUCUCCACCGAACUCAAGCAGGCUGGCUGAUUAUUGGCUCUAUUAUGACACUAGGUGUUGGGGUGGUGCGUGGGCUGCUACCUCGGAUGUUGCUUCUGUGGAAAAACUCUUUCCCUAGAUCAAGUAAAGAAAUUGAAAGUGAGAAAGCUCGCGGAGAUGCUUUCACCUGGCAGGUAACUCUGGAAGGUAGAGCAGGUGCCCUUACAUCUAUGCACAGCUUUUUGCUUCACUGCUCAGAAUUGGCUGCUGAAGAUACUGUACGGAGACUACUCUUACCAAUUGAGGCUGCCCUUCUCAUGCUUUCCAGUAUAACACACAUUGUGAAGCAGUAUGGUCAGCACCUCAAAGCUUCUACAGCUAUGGUACGACUCCGUCUCUAUGAAGUGCUCUCUCUCCUUCCUCCUCAAUCAUUUGAGAGUCACUACACAAGCAUCUUGAAGCUGUUGGUGAGCGAGUUCACCCUAGCAGAGAGUGGUGCUAACACCACCACAUCCCUCCUUCGCACAAUGUGUCAUGCUGAUGACUCUGUUAUACUUGGCACCUGGUUACACCACACACAUCAUAAGACUAUUGAAGAUCAGCUACAGCCAAACAGUGCAAGUGGUUCAGGAGCUCUUGAGCACGAUCCAACAUUCCUUUACCGCCCACUGCCCGAAGGAGAAACCAUUGCUGGACCUCUGCCUCUAGGGGUUACUGUCAUUGAUGCUUCAGUUGUCCUCUUUGGACAGAUGUUUCCCCUGGUGGCAAACAAGCAUAGACUCAAGAUGUUAAACUUGUUUGGGGAUAUGAUACGAGCAGCCAAAAGUCAGCGCCAAGAAGCAGUCCAGAUGAACAUCUUCACAGCUGUUCUUAGUGCUCUGAAGGUACUGAGUGACAACAAGGCCUCUUUUGGUCAAGACGAUGUUAAAAAAGCUGCAACAGCCCUUCUCUUGGGAGGCUUAACUCACCCCAAUUCAACUCUGAGGUGUGCAUCAGGUGAAGCCAUUGGUCGCAUUGCUCAGGUUGUGGGUGACCCACGUUUUGUGGCAGAGAUGGCUCAGAACAGUUUUGAUAAACUUAAGAGUGCACGUGACGCUGUAAGUCGGACUGGUCAUUCCUUGGCAUUAGGAUGUUUACAUCGCUAUGUUGGAGGAAUGGGUUCAGGCCAGCACCUCAGUACAUCUAUCAGUAUUCUUCUGGCACUUGCAAAGGACUCUACUUCUCCUGUGGUACAGGUUUGGGCUCUUCAUGCACUCUCUCUUAUUGCUGAUUCUGGAGGGCCAAUGUUCCGCUCUUAUGUUGAGCCUUCACUGGCCUUGCUUCUGGAACUUCUGUUGUCUGUUCCUCCUUACACAGCUGAGGUUCAUCAGUGUAUUGGAAAGUGUCUUCAGGCUCUUAUUACUACUGUUGGUCCAGAGUUGCAAGGUACAAACAGCAGUGUUGUUAUGGUGAGAUGGUCUCUCCUUUGUGGAUGUGGGCUAGUGCAAGAACACCCUGAUCCAUUAGUACAAGCUGAAGCUAUAGCAUGUCUGCAGCAGAUGCACAUGUUUGCACCCAGACAUGUCAAUCUCUCCUCUCUUGUCCCCAUGCUUGUGAAAAAGUUAAGUUGUGAUCACCUCCUGUUGCGUCGUGCUGCAGUAUCUUGUCUCAGACAGUUAUCACAACGUGAAGCCUGGGAAGUGUGUGAGCAUGCUUUGAGCCUUGCACAGGGAUCUGAAGAACAGGAUCAAGGGUUAGCUAUGACAGAAACAGGACUUCCAGGCUUGUUGUUUGGUCUUCUAGACACAGAAACAGACUGUGUGCUGGUGCGAAAUGUGCAUCACACUUUAACAUCCAUGUUGCAAGCUCUGUCCACUUCGCACCUCAACCUGUGGCUCACUCUAUGCCGGGAAGUUCUCACCAGCGCAUCAGAGAGUGGAACAAAUGAAAACUCUGGUGAUACAGGUGAAGAGGGGGCUGAUGAUGAUAUGGUUCAGAUCCACACAGGAGGGGAACCUGACCCUCACCCCAGUAUACCUCCUCGCUGGACUACUAGGGUUUUUGCUGCUCAGUGCAUUGCUAAAAUUAUUCAAGAGUGUGAAAAUAACCGUGCACACUUUGAUUUGGCUCUUGCUAGAGAAAUGCAAACAACGAAAAUGAAGGGAGACUACUUGGUGCUACACUUAAGUGAGGUGGUACGUAUGGGCUUCAUGGGAGCAACCAGUGACAGUGAUGAGUUGCGACUAGAAGGACUACAUAUCCUGCACCUGGUUAUAGACAGAUUUGCUCACAUUCCAGAACCAGAAUUUCCAGGCCAUGUGAUACUUGAACAAUAUCAAGCUCAGGUGGGUGCUGCAUUACGGCCAGCAUUUGCUCCAGAAACUGCAUCCCAUGUGACUGCUCGUGCAUGUGAGGUCUGCAGUGCAUGGAUAUGCUCAGGUGUUGCUCGAGAUCUGAAUGACCUACGACGAGUUCAUCAGCUACUAGUGUCUUCCCUGGCCAAGCUGAAUAAAGGCAAUACCAAAGGAUUGUACAAUGAAAGUGCUGCCACCCUAGAGAAACUUGCUAUACUAAAAGCGUGGGCAGAGGUAUAUGCAGUGGCACUGAAAAGGUGUGGGGGUGUAGAAGCCAGAUGAUCAGGCGAGGGUGAUAGACCCCAAAACAAGGGUUUCCUUUCAACCCUCUGAAAAGAGUUUUUGAGUUUGGUUCAACCUGGUGUGGGUUUGUCUAAGUUGUUAGCAGCUUUUAAGGAUCAUGCUCUUCUUUCCUUACCACCAGAAUUUUCUAGUCAGUUGCCUCAUGAUGGUGGAGCAUUUUACUCUAACGAGAGUGUGGAGGGAGUCCGCCCAUACUAUCGCAGUGCUUGGCCUCCAAUGCUUUAUGCUGCAGCCCUCUGGCUCAGUUCAGGAGGUUUUGAUAAAGCAGGAGAAGAAGAGAAUGAGGAGUCUGACAUCAGUCCCUCAGCAGUACCUGUAACACCAAGCACGAACACUACCACCACAACAGUCAAAAGCCCAGAGGUCUUAAAUACUGAUCGCUUUUAUCUUCUUUUAGGAAUAUGUUUAGAAUGGCUUUGUAGUCCAGUGCACAGUGAUGAUCCUGAACGAAGUGUUGUGUGUCUACGAUCUCUAGAAACACUGUUGUCUUCACCUUGGCCAGCAAAAGUUGUUGGUCCUAAUGCUAGCCUUACUACAGAAAUUGCAACAGUAAUGCAUAGAAAUAGAGAUGUUGAUUGGUUCAGGAUUGUGUGCCUAUGUACAUUAGUUCGGCAUAAGCCACGUUUGGCACCCCAGGUGGUAGCUUCAGCUCCCUCACUGCUAGCUCCUCCAAGGCAUCAUGCCAAGAAUCAUCAGCUUGAAUCUUUACUGUCUUCCACUGUGACACUCCUCACAGCACUACCUAAUUUAUGUUCUCCAGCAGGUGGGGUUGCCAUCCUUCCAACUGUGCUGUAUCUUCUCACGGGUGUAUUACGAGAGUGUGGAAGUAAGUCACGCCCCAGCCACAGCCUUCAAAACACUCCUGCUCUUAUGACCAAGGUCUUGGAUGCUUUGGCUACUCUUGCUCGGCAUCCGUAUGCUCGUGACCCCAGAUCCAAGGACCAGUGGUGUAAUCUUCUUCAGUCAGCUCUAGCCAAUAUUAUUGAUCUUAGUAAAACUUGUGAGGAUGAACGUAUAACAGAUGAAGUAGUAGUUCUCAGAGGAAUUGCCCAGUUAAUACUACAUGCUCCACCAUCUGUCAGCAGACCUCACAACUUACAAUAUCCUGCAAUUAACUUGUUUAAAAUGGCCACACAGCAUCAGCAGCUUGAUGUACGUAUCCAGUGCAUACAGACCUUGGAAUCUAUCUUCAGCCACACUGAUAGUGAAAUAUCAACACCAUAUAUCCAUGCUUUGGCACCACGAAUCCUGGAAUACUUGCAUGAAGCACACAGUAGAGUGUCAAGCCAAGGAGAACUACAGCUUAUCACAGAAAGUGUGAGUGCCAUGGAACUUUUGAUACCAAGAACUUUGCCAGAGCACAGAAAUGAGCUAGUAGGAGUGUUAGUUGGAAUUAUGGUUGGAGCUUUACAAGAUACUAAUCGCCUCAGUAGCGUUAAUCAACCAACUAGACAACUUCAUCAAUAUGCCCUAGCAAGACUUCAGAAAAUUGGACCACAGUACCCACAGGAGUUCCGUACUGUAUUAACAAGUAAACCAGAGCUGCGUCUGAGACUAGAAAGUGCAUUGAGAGGUCAACAAGAGGCGAGGAGUAAGGUUGACAGCUCGCUGGGGCAGGAUUCAAUGCAGCACCAGCCAACGAUUAAGUUAAAGACAGAUUUUUCUAAUUUUGCUUCCAAGACUUAAAAUAAUUGUUCAUACAAGUUUGGAAUAACAUCAGGAUGUGCAAAGUAUAAUUGUGUUAAUAGCCCCUUCUGGAGUAUUUUUAACAAGCAUUAUAAUAAGCCAGAUGGUACAUAUGUAUUAUGGAAAUGCAGUGCAAGAAAUGAGGCAUAAUGAAGGGAUGAAUAGAAAUGUUGGAUUAGAUUCACUGGGAGAGAGAUGUCUCAUAAACUAUUUAUGUUUGAAAUGGGGUAAAUAUUUAGAACACAGAAAAGAAUUCUUGCUAGUUCUUCCAUUGGUGUACAUAUUGUUAAACAAAGAACUGUAGAUCUUAGGCCUCUGUUCCUAUGAUAUUAAAUAUUUAUUUACAAACCUUUGCAUGAAAGAGGAAAGCUUGGUGAAUAAUAGGAUUGAAGAAAAUAUACAAAAUUGAAGUACAGGCAAGCCUCGUUUAACAAUCAUGGGUUCCUCCUCCCCAACCAAAAAAUGUCACUUUAAAGGGGGGGGUGACUUUAGAAAGUAUUAAAGUUCAAAAAUGUAUGUUAAAAACACUACCUUUCAAAAUAGAUACUGUAUAACAUAUUGUAAUAUGUUAUUUUACAAAUAUAGGUCCGAAUAGUGCAUUUCAAGGCUUUAUUGGAAAAUGUAGUAGAUUUGUUGAGCAUGAUUUUUGCCGAGUGGUGAUGGGUAUGCUUAAAUAGCCUUGCCUAACUUGUCAGUGUGCAAAAAAAAAGUAUCCCAGUUCCAUGUUUAUUAAACACAUGUGACAUGUAGACAGCAUCUUCAUUUAGUUCUAUAAUAUAAUGCAGCCUGCUUAAAACUUCAUGUGUGCAUAGCAGCAGAACAAACAAGAGUGCAUGGCUUCUACCAGUCUCACUCGUGUUUUUUUUUUUUCUCCUUUACAGUCCUUAGGAAUUAUGCCAGUUUCAUUUAUAUUGAACAGUACUCAUCAAAUAUAGAUUAGAAUGAUGCAUGUCAAGGUUUUACAAGGAAAUCUCUAGUUUUUGCUCAUGGUACACAUCAUGUUGGUGGACUUGCUUGAGGUGGUCUGUACUUUGCUUAUACAGUGCACAAUAACAAAUCUAGUUUUAUGUACAGUGUUGGCAGUAUCGCCAAUUAUUUCCAGCCAAAUGUAAUGGUGAGUGCAAUGAGUUUGUUAUAUGGGUGGCAGUCUAAGACAAGAACAACACAUGACUAUCUCCUGCUUACAUAUAUUGUGUUUUCUCUUACAUUACUAAAAGAAAACACCCCAUUUUCAUCUAUGAAAACUUGGAUUAUAUGGGCAUAAUCAACAAAUAUUUUCAACAAAAUAGUCAGGUAGUAUUGCAAGUGCUCACUUGUCAGAAUGGUCUGUUUGAUUACCUAUGACUGCUGCCUAUACUCUCUGUAACAAACUAAGUAAAGUGUGAAUAUGGCAAAACUAGCCACAGUGCAGUGAGUAAAGCCAGUCUGCUAUCACAAUUUUUUUUAAUUCUGAAUGCUUCUUUCAACAAACUGGCCGUAUCCCACUGAAGCAGGGUGGCCCAAAAAGAAAAACGAAAGUUUCUAUUUUUAACUUUAGUAAUGUACACAGGAGAAAGGGUUACUAGCCCCUCGCUUCUGGCAUUUUUACCCGCCUCUUACGACACGCAUGGUUUACGGAGGAAGAAUUCUGUUCCACUUCCCCAUGGAGAAUUUUGAAUACAUAACCCUUAAUUAAAAAACUUCUUAGGUAUAUGAAGGUGUGGAAUAAGGCAUAAGGAAUACUUAAAUCGAGGCUUACCUGUACAAGGGGUAAACAGUGAAUAUAAUGGAAAAAUAAGAGUACUGUAUUAAAUAUGUGAAAAGUCCCAGGAGGGCAUAAAAGGAACAAGAGGGACAAGAUAGUGUGGUGCCUUUUCCAUUGUAGGUAAGUUCCCAGGAAAGUGUCACACAUUUCUGAAAUGGUAAGGUUAUUUGCCAAGGGCUCUAGUAACCAACAUUAUAAACUCUACCUAUGGGUUAGUAACUUGAAAUUUACAAAUACUUUCCAGAUACAUAGCUAGAAUAACAUAGUAUUGCUGUAUUAUUAAACCCUCAGUGUAAUGGACUAAUUUUGGGGGGGGGGGGAGGUGGAAGAGGGGUGGCCAGUAAUAGCACUUUUAGUGGAUAGAGGAGAGAUUGUUUUACCAUCAUAAACACAAUAAAAAAUACCAAUAAUGGAGAAAUCUCUAACCAGUGGACUGUGUCCAUUGUUUCAGAAUUGAUUAAUCCAACAGAUUUUGUUCCAUAUUCUCAAAGUCCAUUGUAUUGAGGGUUUACGUACGUGACUGUAAAUAUAAAAAUUGGAAUUGUUUGCUGAGUGAGAAGAAUAUUGGUACUCCUGAAAGUUUGAAUCUUUACAUGAAUCAUGGUGCUCUGAGGGCUUUGUAUAGUUUACUUACAGUAAAUUUGAGACAUUGUAGCAAAUAUGGAUGCGAGAUAUAUUUAGUUUGAUAAAAAUUAAUUUAGUUACAGUAUAUAAGCAUAAAAAAUGGUAAUUACAGUACUAAAUAUUUUCGAGUAAAAAUUUAAAUAAUUUAACAAAAAAAGAUUAAUUAAUAUGUUACCAAAGAACCCUUAUGACAAAUUUUAGCUUCUAUUUCUGUGCACUGAGAUAUGUAUCAUAACUAGAAUUUGUCAGAUGUGAUCUGAUCUCUAAAUGAAUCCUAUUAGAUUUCCUACUGGAGCAAAUGUAUGUAAAGUCCCUAGAUAGGUUUGGCAUGGCAUAGUGGCCCUGGAGUAAGCCAACUUUUCUUAACUGCAAGGUAUGAUCUGUGGGCAGUGUUCCUCACCCCUUCCCCAUCUAACAGAUUUGAUUGAGAAUAACCUAUAUUGACAAGAAAUGUAUUUUAAUGCACUUUAUCAUUUUUAAUGCACUUUUGUUUUGUAAAUUAGCUAAAGACAAUUUUAAGGUGUAUCCUCUAUACAGGCAUACCUCUCUGAAUGCUCAGGGUUGCAGCACUCAACAUGGUGUACAGCAUUAAAUUAAAAAAAAAAAAGGAUGCUUUGGAUGGAAAUGACAAUAAAUUUACUUGCAAAUUUAGUACAAGUCAUGCAACACACACCAUAUAUGUCAGCAUAUUGCAUAUCAAUGGUUUAUAGGCGAAUGCAGUGGAAUUCUGGAUAGUGGCUAGAGGUGGUGAGAAAUCUGGUAACCUUUGUCAGGUAAUUUUACUUUUAACUUAUAUCUCAAGAGAAGAAAACCCAGUUUCAUCUACAUUUAACAUUUUGUGAUUCAUAUAUUUUCUCAAUUCUAACAAAAUCAAGAUGCAUACCUUGGCAUGAGAAAACUCUCACUUACUCUGUGUGUGUGCGUGCUUGUACUCACCUAUUUGUGGUUGCAGGGGUCGAUUCACAGCUCCUGGCCCCGCCUCUUCGCUGAUUGCUACUAUUGUGUGUGUGUGUGCGCGCGCACGCAUGUGCGCAUACGCAUUGAACACUAUUCAGUUACACUACUAACUCAUCACUACUUUCCUCUCCCCCCCACCUUAAGUUUGCUUCUAAUACUACUACUGCUGCUACUGCUUCUGCUUCUUCUGCUGCUGCUUCUUCUUUGCUGUGCUUUUGCUUCUUCAGCAUCAGCAUGUAGAUAGCUGAUUGGGUAGGUAUUCUUUUAGCUCUCACAAAAAGAACAUUUUUCUUUUGGUUUCUUUUACCUUUCUCUUACAGUUUGAAAGAACACAGCCCAGUUUAUCCACUUCCAUGUGCACUUAAUUGCUGCUUUGAAAACAUACAGUAUUUUAACAUAAAAAGGAGAAAUGCAUUUGUUGUCCAUUGAUGCACAACACUACCACACCACUGGUCCAUUGCUUUGCAGAUACCCUCUUAGCUCUUUUAGAUAUAAAAUAUUUUCCUCUUACUGUUUGUUAUAAAGAAAAUUUUCCAAUUUCUCCACUUUCAUGUACAAUAAUUUGAACAUGCAUUUCUGUGCUGUUACCUUAAAUUAUUUCUAGCAAAUAGUCAUGAAAUGAGUAGAUGUAUUUACAUCUAAAGAGUUAACUUUAGGACAGAAAAUUUAGCACAAAUACCCAGCAGAUGUCACUGUCGAUCCUGCCUGAGUUAUAUUAAUAUCUUGAAUAGAGAUAAAAACUAAACACUAUAGAGCAUUCAGAUUAUAACAUUAAAAAUACAGUGAGGUAUGCCUGUUUAUCAAGAGCACUUGUGAAGGAACUUUUAUCAAAUACUAGAUACCCUGCAUAUGCAUAUUCAGGUAUAUAUACUGUGUGUACUCGCCUAUUUGUGGUUGCAAGGGUCAGUUCAGUUUUUUUUUUUUUUAAGCAACCAUGCUGUACAUUGAUUUGGCAGUCAUUAUUUCUUUAAUAACAGAAAUAUCAAAGAUGUACAGAAGUAGUAACCAAGUACUAUACUGAUUAUAUAUAUGUGACUGAAUAUCCAUAUGCAAGGUGUUGUCUUGACAAAUCUUAUUCCAUAGAUUUUAUUGGGUCAUUUGUUAGAAACCUAUAUAGAAUUUUACUUCACUAGGUUCAAUUGUAUCAGAUUAUCCUUAGUAGUUUGAAAGCUAGUUUGUAUUUCUGUACAUAGUUUAGUGUUAAAUGCUAUUUUGAUCAAUUUUCAACAACUAGAAGAGCUUAUGAAAAUAGUUUUUUUUUUUCAAAUAACACAAAACUGCACAAGACCUUUAAUUUAAUAUAAUACGUAUAGGUAUUAAAUUUGAUGUACUUUUUUUAAUCAAGGGAAGAGGGGAGCAUGUUUUAAUCAAGGGAAGGGGGGAGCAUAUAUAAUACAUACCUUCCUCCGUCCCAAUUUGUCUGAAUUUGUUAAUGCCAGAAAUGGGUAAUUUUUCAUAUUUGCAACCUCAGUUGUAGACAGUGCAGAUAUUUUUUCUUAGGUGCUGUAUCAUAAAUCACUAAAUUUUUGGACCUUCAGAAAAUGAAAGACAAAAUGGACAUGGGAGUACAACAUUAAGAACUAUUCUGAUAUGAACUUGUGGCACCAGAUUUUGAAGUUAUAUCUUUUUUUUUUUUUUAUACAUCAGAUGUUGCCUAAACUUAUACUUCAUGAAUAGCAGAGGAAUUUUUCUUACAGCUAUCAGUCAGUAUUCUUUUCUGAAUGAUUUACCAACUGCAGAGUUUUAAAAUAUGGCCCAAUGAAAAAGGAAUGUGAUAUUAACUUACUAAGUCAUCCUGUGAUUAGGUGUAGCAGCCCCUUUUGUAGCAAACCAUACAACUGUUUGAACUAGAAAAGUGACUGUUAUUCACUAUUAUUGUAUGAAAAAAACAUUUAAUUGUUUAUGUGAAGUUCCAGAGACUAUAGCAAUAAACUUCUAGUUCAUU